CAAAUCUUUAACCAAAAAAACUCGUAUACGAAUUGAAAUUAUUUGUUUAUAUUUAUCAUAUAAUAAUAAAAUUCAAAUAAAUCACAAUGGAUAGUUUUAUGGAUCUUCUAAAAGUUUAUUAUUCAAGAUUAUUUCCUCUUGAUGAAUAUUACAAAUGGCUUAGCUACGGAGACGCGGAUUUAUUUAAACACAGAGAAUUUUCAUUCACUCUUGAUGGGGAUGUAUACAUAAGAUACCAAGCGUUUCAUGAUCAAAAUCAUUUAGGAAAAGAGUUGUUAAAAAUGAUUCCAGUUAAAAUUGAUAUCGGCGCAGUCUUCAAUAUUUUUCCAGGCAAAGCAAGAGGAACAAAGAAACUAGAAGCCAUGGAAAGAGAACUUGUCUUCGAUAUAGAUUUGACAGAUUACGAUGAAGUGAGAACCUGUUGCUCCGAAGCUAAUAUUUGUAAUAAAUGUUGGAAAUAUAUGGCAGUUGCUUGUAAAAUACUUGACGUUGCUCUACGAGAUGACUUUGGCUUCGAACAUAUCUUGUGGGUAUUUUCUGGUCGACGAGGUAUUCACGCCUGGAUAUGUGACUCAGUAGCACGUUCACUAGAUUCAACGCAGAGAGGAGCUAUCGCUGAAUAUUUUCAAUUGAUAGUAGGAAAUGCUUAUGCUAAGAGAAAAGUUAAUUUGUAUAAAAUUCAUCCAUCAAUUAGACGAGCGCUCGAAAUUAUUACUCCGAUUUUUGUACCCAUGUGCGUUGAAGAACAAAAUAUGUUGGGGUCUGAAAAAAAUGUCAACAAGUUUUUGGAUACUCUGCCAGAUGAAGAGACUAAGAAAGAAGUUAAAAACUUAUUUGAUAGAUAUACAACUAGUUUAGACCGAUGGAAUGCUUUUUUACAAUACUUUGAACAAGUUAAAGGAAAAAGUUCCAAGUGGAGACAGCAUAAAAAUUUUAUUGAUGAAAUAAUGAUUGAAUAUUGCUACCCCCGACUUGAUAUUAAUGUAACUAAAGGUUUAAACCAUUUACUAAAAUCUCCGUUCUGUGUUCAUCCGAAAACUGGUAAAAUAUCUGUUCCAUUUAAUCCAAAAGCUGUUGAUAAAUUUGAUCCAAUGACAGUUCCAAAUAUAAAUAAAGUUAUUGAAGAAAUUAAUGCUUAUGAUGAUUUGGACAAAACUGUUGAAGGUGAUGCGGGCAAUGCUAAAAGAAUAAAAGACUACAAAAAAACUAGUUUAAAUAAGUCAUUGCAUAUAUUUAAUGAAUUUUUACGAAAAUUAGAGCACUCGAGAAAUAGUAAAGACGAUAAAUUGUUUGAGGCAAUGGAAAUUUAAAUUAACUACUAACUUUUCAUAGUUUAUUAAUUUUAUUUUCUUUUGAAAUAUUUAUUGUCCUUUUUUUUACACCGUGUACCUAAGUGGUACAAAAAAAAUUGUUGAUUUUUUGUUUAAUUUAACAAAAAAUAAAUCAUUUUUUUGUGCCACUUGGAUAUGAACGAAAAAAUUUGAGAAUUUUUUUUUUGAAUAAGAGUUGAUUUUUUGAAUUUAAAAUUUAAUCUUUAGUAAAAUAAUUUUAUACUAUUAUUAAAAAGUUAAUUUAUAAUAAUUAUUAAAUACAAUUGUAAUGACAAUUAAA